AUGUUCUUGUGGAUAAUUCAAGGCUCCCAGUUGUUUUUCUCUCAAGGCACCAACUACCAAGGCUCCACAUCUCAAGGCUCUACAUCUCACGGUUCCACACCACAAGGCACCAACUCUGAAGGCUCCCCUUCUCACGGCUCCAACUCUCAAGGCAACCAUUCCCAAGGCUCCAACUCUCAAGGCACCAAUUCCCAAGGCUCCAACUCUCAAGGCUCUACAUCUCAAGGCUCCAACUCUCAAGGUACUAAUUCACAAGGCACCAACUCUCAAGGCUCUACAUCUCAAGGCUCCAACUCUCAAGGCUCUACAUCUCAAGGCUCCAACUCUCAAGGUACUAAUUCACAAGGCACCAUCUCUCAAGGCUCUACAUCUCAAGGCUCCAACUCUCAAGGUACUAAUUCACAAGGCACCAACUCUCAAGGGUCCAACUCUAAAGGAUCCACGUCUCAAGUCACUAAGUCACAAGGCACUAAUUCUCAAGGCUCCAACUCUCAAGGCUCUACAUCUCAAGGCACCAACUCUCAAAACUCCAACUCUCAGGGAUCCACAUCUCAAGGCACUAAUUCACAAGGCUCUACAUCUCAAGGCACCAAAUCUCAAGGUUCCAACUCUCAAGGCUCCCAGUCGCGUCUCACGGGUGUCUCAUCAUACAAUCUGGUGGAUGAAAUUACCAUGGCGUUAAUGGAUAAAAAUGACACCGAUGUCAAACAGUAUGGGGACCCGUUCUUCUAUAAAGAAGAGCUAGGAGGGGAAAUAGCUUCGCCCUUACAGGGUGAUGGAAAUAAUUUUAUACCCGAGUUGAAAAUGACAUUAAAGGAAUACGACAGACUGGAGAAAGGAUUUUAUGGGUAA